AUUGAUUCAAUCCUGAAACAACAAGAAAAGAAUGGGUGACCCUAAUGUUGUUCUAGUCACUGGAUGCGCUAUAGGCGGCAUAGGUUAUGAGUAUUGCAAGGCACUUGCGGAGCAAAACUGCCCUGUCUUUGCCUCCGACAUCCCCCAACGCAUACAGGACAUGUUAGAUCUCAGCUCAGAUAAAACUGAGACGCUAGAGCUUGAUGUUACAUCUGAUGAAAGUGUUUCAUCAGCGGUAAACACGGUUAUAUCCAAGUCUGGUCGUCGCAUAGAUGUUCUGAUCAAUAAUGCCUGUAUAGGAAGUACUGGUCCGUUGGCAGAGCUUUCGCCAGACACGAUUAGGGAAGCGUGGGAGAUUAGGCCCUGUUUGGUGCAGUUUGUGGAAAGGAUUUCUUGAUUUCAAAAGUGCAAGUUGCACUAAAUAUUACAAUUAGUG